GUUAAUGACAUAUUUGUUAGCAUUCAAUUGUCACUUUGGCCAGUUCACCUAGAAAUAUCAUGCAUACAUACAUUCAAAGUUAACUAAUAUUAUUUUAUUCUAGACUUGUAUUUAUUAAAAAAUGUGGCAGCAAAUUUCAUUGUUAGUUACCCUCCUAAUUGGUCUCUCCUCUAAAGUAAGGAGCGAUUUUAUAUCUCUUAAAUCAAUACCCAGUCCCCCAUCCGGACAAGAUAUUACAAACAAAGUGUUUAAAACUGGUCAAAAUAUUGAUAUACUCCCCGCCGCUUACGGUGAUUUUAAUGGGGACAAGUUAACUGAUAUUGUGACCAUUGAUAAUAACAGAACCACAGUGACAAUUUAUUUAGCAAGUAAGGAAGUUCCAUACAUGAAACUUGGACCAUCGUGGAAUUUCACGGAACAUCAGGAACAUGACAGCAAAUUUGAAAAAAUCAACUCUGUGACGAUGGGCGAUUUUACGGGCGACGGUUUAAUAGACCUAAUGAUUACAACAAGCGCACGUGUCAAUAUUACGCAAAAUUUCAGCAUUUCGUGUCACAAUCUAAGUCACAUUGAAGAUAAUCCCGUUGACACAAAUGCUACGUUACACUUUACUUACAAAGUUCCUGCUAUCGAGUUGAUAUUUUGUAUUGGAAAUGGGAAAUCUAUCAAUUGUUCGAACCAUGAGAAAUCAAAACCAUUGGUUCAAGAGCCACUAAUAGUCGAUUUAAACAGAGACAUGAUUUUAGAUUUGGUGGGAGAAAUAUGGGGAAUGGAAAAUAAUAAUACUAAGACGAAUUACACUAUCGAUAAUAAAACAUAUAUGUGCGCCCCAAAUCCAAUGCUGGUUAAAGUAAAGGCAGUAUGGUUAUCUGAGGAAGGAAGACCAGCAGCAAAAUAUAAGGAAGGAAUAUUUGAUGGAAAAAGAUCGACCGACCAUCUGAAUUUUCCGAUGUCCCACCCAUCGUCAAAUGCGUAUGUGGACAUCGAUGGAGAUUUUAUUCCAGAACUAAUUUUAAUAACAAACCAAUCACAAACAGAAUCUCAUGCCAAUUUUUCUCGAGAAAUUUACAGUGUGAUAUAUGACUCGAGUUCUUCAAAUCUUAGUCUUCAUGUCAAGAGUCCAAGAAAACCAAUUCUUCUUAAAAAUGAGACUGUUGAAAUAUUAGGCCAACCAUUAUUCAUCGAUUUGGAAAGAAAUUCAAAUCUGGUUCACAUCAUUCCAUUUUGUGCUAAAAAAGAUUGUUCGACAAAAUGGGGGAUUCUUGUAGAUGAUAAGAGCGGAGAGUUUCAUAAAAUUGAGCUUGGUCCUAUCAACUUUGGUGGCAAUGAAUGGAGAAUUAUUGAACCCAUUCACUUCCAGGAUACGAUAAAUCCACAAAUCGAAAUAAAUUUUAUAAACCAGCCAGCAAGCCAGCCUGGACAACAAGAUCAACUAAUGAACAUGACUGUAAAUGGUAAUUUUGAGAGUCAGACACAGAAUUUUUAUUCCAGGAGCAUAGUAAUGCAAGCAGGUGAUUAUAAUCUUGACGGAUAUCCGGAUCUGCUAGUGGUUCUAGAGUCAAAAUUAAAAGCUGAGAUUCUCAAGAAGGCUGUAAUUUUUGAAAAUGUUCCUUGCAAUACGGAGGGAUUCAAUUUAGGAUGUCCAUUUACAAGAACAUUUGAACCAAACUUUAAAUUUUUACAAGAAUACGAAAAUGUCACUUUUGCAAGUUUCUUUGAUCUCAAGGAGAAUGGUAUACUGGAUGUUCUGAUUGUGCAGGAAUCAGUCGAUCAAAAGCAUCCUGACGUUAAAAACCCAAAUUACAUUGUCCGUGCGUUCGAAACCAGUUCAAACGCAGAUUCUUAUUUCAUUAAAGCAUUAGUUCUUUCUGGUAGACCUUGUUCGCAAUGCUUAGAAAAGGAUGUGCCUUACGGCAAUCUGAUUCCGGGAGCCCUUGUCGGAUACACGAUGAAAGACGUGGAGGGACAGACACAGACAUCAAUUGCUACACAGGGUUAUCGUUCCGGUUAUACCACGCUGGACGUGCCGUACACAAUUUUCGGCAUCGGACACUCCCCCAACUUCGUUGACCAUUUCCAUUUCUACCUCGGAUACUGCUUUAGUCUCACCUCCAACCAAUCCUUCUCCCACGACUCGCGUCAAAUCAUUCCAAACUCUCAAAUCUAUGCGAUUCCGAGCUAUCCUAUUUUGCAAGACUCUCACGAAACCACCAUGACCUGGAGAGUCAAGCUUUUCUUAACUCCAGGGGACGCAGUUCUGCAAACAUUUGGGGUUCUUAUUGGCAUUAUAGCUCUGGUGGCGGCAUUGGCAUCAGGUUUAGAGUACAAAGAAAAAAGAUCAGACCGGAAGGAGCGGAUGGCAGAAGCUCGACGUUUUCUAAUGUAAAAUUACUUUGUAUAUAAUUGGUUAUAAGUAAUUAUAAAUUAUGUUUUUGUGUUAGAAUGUAAAUAAGUUAGACUAAAUAUUUUACGCAGAUGUGCCUCAGUAAGAUAAUAACUUAUUGCGUGGAAUUUUUUUUAAGAGUGAAUGAAAGGGCUUCUUUAUGAUCAAUAAUGAGAACAGUUUAUUUCAAAGAAAAAUAAUUUUGUUUGCAGCUCAUAAAAUAAAAUUCAUUAAUUCGUUGAUGAGAGGGCAAAGUCUUUAUGAGCUUAGACAAACAAAUUACGCAGAAAUAAGUCAAUUAGAGCGUAACGGAGGAGGAAAACUGUUUUGUCUUAUGUUAGACUCUUGUGCUCUCUUGGAAAUAAAGUCAACUUAUUGAAACUCGACUACUCAA